AUGCCUCCUUCCGCCUCCAAGCAGAAGCGUCUCGCGGAGAAGGCCGCCAAGGCCAACAAGGGCAAGCCCGUCAAGGAAGUCGAGCUCGAUGCUUUCGGCAAGCCCGUCGUCGAGGAUGAGCCCGCCACCAAGGCCGAGCAGCUCGACGAGGUCAAGCGUCUUGCCCAGCAGAUGGACAAGCACGGUCUCUCCGAUCGUGUCACCACCGGUGUCCUGGCUUCCACCCAGGCCUCCAAGGACGUCAAGAUCACCUCCGUCUCCCUCGUCUUCCACGGCCGCGUCCUGAUCAAGGAUGCCACUCUCGAGCUUACCCUCGGCCGCAGGUACGGUCUCUUGGGUGAGAACGGUUGCGGCAAGUCCACCCUUCUCAAGGCCAUCGCCGCCCGCGAGUACCCCGUUCCCGAGCACGUCGACAUCUACCUUCUGAACGAGGGUGCUCCUCCCAGUGACCUUGGUGCCCUUGACUGGGUCGUCACCGAGGCCAAGAACGAGUUGGCCCGUCUCGAGAUGGUCGCCGAGAAGAUUCUUGAGGACGAGGGCCCCGACUCGCCCCUCCUCGAGGACCUCUACGAUCACAUCGACAAGAUGGACCCCUCCACCUUCGAGACCCGCGCUUCCCUCAUCUUGACCGGUCUCGGUUUCAACAAGCAGACCAUCCAGAAGAAGACCAAGGACAUGUCCGGUGGUUGGCGUAUGCGUGUUGCCCUCGCCAAGGCCCUCUUCGUCAAGCCCACUCUCCUCCUUCUCGACGACCCUACCGCCCAUUUGGAUCUCGAGGCCUGCGUGUGGUUGGAAGAAUACCUCAAGAAGUGGGACCGCACCCUCGUCCUGGUUUCUCACUCCGAGGAUUUCCUCAACGGUGUCUGCACAAGCAUGAUCGACAUGCGCCUCCAGACCCUCAUCUACUAUGGUGGUAACUACGACACUUACCACAAGACCCGCGCCGAGCAGGAGACCAACCAGAUGAAGGCCUACCAGAAGCAGCAGGAUGAAAUUACCCACAUCAAGAAGUUCAUUGCUAGCGCUGGUACCUACGCCAACUUGGUCCGUCAGGCCAAGUCCCGCCAGAAGAUUCUCGACAAGAUGGAGGCCGAUGGCUUCAUCCAGCCCGUCAAGCAGGAUCGUGUCUUCUCCUUCCGCUUCGCCGAUGUUGAGAAGCUCCCUCCUCCUGUCUUGUCUUUCGACAACGUUACCUUCUCGUACUCUGGCGACCCCAAGGACGACCUGUACCGCCACAUCGAUCUCGGUUUCGACAUGGACUCCCGUACCGCUCUCGUCGGCCCCAACGGUGUUGGCAAGUCCACCCUGCUCCGCCUCAUGACUGGCAAGCUCUCGCCCACCGACGGUGUCGUCCAGCGUCACACCCAUUUGAAGCUUGGUCUCUACUCUCAGCACUCUGCUGAGCAGCUUGACUUGACCAAGUCAGCUCUCGACUUCGUUCGUGACAAGUACCCCGACAAGUCUCAGGACUACCAGUACUGGCGCCAGCAGCUUGGCAAGUACGGUCUGUCCGGUGAGUCCCAGACCUCGCUUAUCGGUACACUUUCCGACGGCCAGAAGUCCCGUAUCGUCUUUGCCCUCCUCGCCAUCGAGUCCCCCAACAUGCUCUUGCUCGACGAGCCUACCAACGGUCUCGAUAUUCCCACCAUUGACUCGCUCGCCGAUGCCAUCAACGCCUUCACCGGUGGUGUUAUCGUCGUUUCUCACGAUUUCAGACUUUUGGACAAGAUUGCCAAGCAGAUUCUUGUGUGCGAGAACAAGACCAUUAAGCGAUGGGAGGGUUCCAUUGCCGAUUACAAGAACUACCUCCGCAAGAAGAUGAUCAGCGCCGGUGCUGUCUAG